AUGGGUGCAGCGAUGGCUGGAGCUUCUUUGGGUGGCAUCACCUUUCCACUAGUCCUCCGCAGGGCUUUCCCGGCUUUGGGCUGGUCAUGGUCUAACCGGGUGAUGGGCUUCGUGAUUCUAGGUCUCAUGACUAUUGGCAUGGUUUUGCUUUUGCCUUUUCCAAAACUGAUCCUACCCUCAGCGGUGUCGUCGAAGAAGAAAUCAGCAGCACUCAACUUUGACGCUUUUCGGUCGGGGCCUUUCGUCUUCAUCACGCUCGGGUUCUUCUUGUAUGAGUUUUCCAUCACUGGAGUGGGCGUGCUGUUGCCAACUUUUGCGGUCAAGGCUGGCUUUCCAUCUGCGAUGGGUUAUACCUUGGUCUCAAUCCUCAACGGAUGUUCAUGCCUAGGCCGCCUACUGCCUGGACUUGCGGGUGACUAUGUAGGCCACUUCGACGUCAUGCUUUUCAUGACUUGUCUCUCAUUGAUCUUUACUGGAGCCUUAUUUGUCCCGUUCGGGGGCCAAUCGGCCGGAAUCCUCUACGCAUUUGCUGGUUUGUGGGGAUUUUGCACUGGCUCUUUCCUGUCAAUCCUUCCCGUGUGUGUGGGCAAGACUUGCGAUCCUAAAGAUUACGGAAGAUACUAUGGUACCAUGACAUUCUUUGUUAGUUUCAGUGCCCUCACGGCAAUUCCAGCAGGAGGUUCCCUUUUGGAAAAGGUGGGCUCAGUAGGGGCGUCGGGUCUGUAUCUUUCAACGGUUGCUCUGGGGGGCUUGAGCUUCUACACAGCCCGUUCCUUGUUGAUUGGGAAAUUUCUUGUUUUCAGAUCAAAUAUCUAG